AUGAGCAGUCCGAUAUUUGACCUUUUUUGACCCAAUCCAAACAUGUUUGACCUCAGAAUUGAUAUCAGUUAGAUAUAAAAAAGAGGAUCCAGAACUACGCCCCCUCUUGUCACUUUUCCAUUGUCAAAGGUGGUUUUUUGACAAUUUUUUUUAAAUUUUUAGUUUAAGAAAUUCAGAGAAUCGAAAAAAAUGUUCAAAAACUGGCUGAAAUUGGCGAUUUUGACGGUUCUCGUCGCACUCGUCUUCAUGGAGAAACGUGAGGGAUUUUUUUAUUAUAUUUUUUUGAGGGUCUUAUUAAAGGCGCAGCGCAAUAAUCUGCGCCUUUAAUAUAUAUUUCAUUUUUCCAGCCUUCGUCAUCCCAUUCCCUUGGGGCAACCUGGUCAUCGGCAAAAAUCCUGAUGGCACUGUUGACGUCACAACUAACACGGUAUUUUAUCUUCAAUUUUUCAUUUAUACCAACUUGGGAAAGUGGCUAAAGCAUCUGGGCAAUGAAAACGGGGUCGCAAGUUCGGUCCCCAAGGAGAAAGAUACUUUUGCCAUUUUUCCAGACCUUCUUUAUAGUUUGAAAAAGUCAUAUUUUCCAACUUGAGAAGCUUGGAAUUCAUAUGUAGCCUUGUGGCUUAGAUGGUCGUUCUAGGAUCUAGAGGUCUCUGGUUCGAAUCCUAGGAGUGAGGAAAAGAUUUUUGCCAUUUCCCAAGUGUCCCUGAUAGCUUGAAAAAUUUUCCUAGUUGUUUUGGGGUUCUUUGAAAUUGAAAUUCGCGUGUAGCCCAGUGGCUUAGCUUCCUGUUUUCCAAGCCAUAGGUCGCUGGUUCGAUCCCACGCAGUGGGAAGAUUUUUGCCGUUCUGUAGAGCUUUCGUGCUAACUAGUAUUCUGUCUAGGAUCCUCUUAAAAAUUCCUGAAAAAAACAGGCAGGUAUAGGCUAGUGGCUAAGGGGCUUGUAUGAGAUUCAGAGGGCCCUGGAUCGAUUCCAGUGAGACUGAAAUACUUUUUUGCCAUUUUUUUUGGAAGUGAAAAAGUCAAGAAAACAACCUUGAAUUUUGGAUCCAAUGGUCAUUGGUUCAAUCUCCGCAACGUUUUUGCCAUUUUCAGGGUAUCAAUGUCAAUGGCAAUGGCGUCAACCGCCAAACAAAACUGACUGUUGGCAAUGGCACUUUCAACAUCAAAGGUAAUUUAAUUAAUUAACGGAAUGAGUUAAUUAGUUAAUUAAGACGACGCUGACGUCAUGGUGGACGGGAAAAAGAGCGGCGCUGGUCUGGACGUCGGUUUCGACAAGAAUGAAGGCAUCAAGCUGGACAACAACAUCAUGGUCAACAACAAAACGGCCAGGGUUGGUUCGAUCCCUGUCGGCGACGAAACGUUUUUGCCAUUUCCAGGGAGGCGUCGGCAAAGAGUCGCAGUUCUUCUCGGAACUCGACGACAUUGUCAAAUCUGAGCAAACUACUACGUCAAAGCCUUGA